AUGGCCUCGUGGCCUUCAUCGUCCGAUCCCUCUAAUCAGGAGGCUGCUAUAAGAAAGAGAAGCCCAGGGUCCCAAUUUAAGUUCUUGGUUCCUCUUAUAUAUGCCCCUGUUCUUCCGCUCAUUCGACUCUCGCUGCGUAAGAACCCAGUUGUACGGGACCGUUUGUUUACUGCUGUGUUGGUUGGUGCUACGCUGCUGAAAAUUCACCAUUCUAGAAGAAAUGAAAAGUUUUGA